AGCAGGACAACAAAACAUGCCAACAUGGCGGCUUGCAUGAGUGAAAACGGUGCAGAUGGAAAACUGGAGUUCUUCUUAAAAGUCCCGUUUCCGACUGAAAGAGAGGCAAAUAUCGCCCUGCAGUCUUUAUCUCCAGAUCCCGAACCCAGAAAAGGAGGAAUCAGCAAAAGUCUGUGCGUUUCAGGACAAACGCUGUCUGUGAGCUGGGCUGCAGAUGAAGCUCGUAUUCUCCGGGUUUCUGUCAGUUCAUUCUUGGACCAUUUGUCUCUAGUGAUGGAAACCAUGGAUGCUUUUGGACCGCCUGUUUCACAGUGAAGCUCAGAGAGACAAAACAGCAGAAAUGUGGAUGCAGAUACUGUUUGCACUGAGAAACAUCUGUUCAGUAUGGACUCCGAAAGCAUAAUAAAGGUGCUUUGAGAAAUGAGAUACAUUAUAAAGUCCUAUAGGAUUAUUCCAUUUUUUUUAUAAAUAGGCUAAUUUUACAGCUCUCCUCGAGUUAAACAGUUGAGUUUUACCAUUUUUGAAUACAUUCUCAGUCUGGCGGGACCACUUUUAGCUUAGCUUAGCAUAGAUCAUUGAAUCAGAUCAGACCAUUAGCAUCUUGCUCAUAAGUAGUCUUAAUUUUACAGCUCCCCUAGGGUUAAACAGUUGAUUUUUAUCUUUUUUAAUUACAUUCAGCUGAUCUCUGGCAAUUUUUUUAGCUUAGGUUAGCAUAAAUCAUUGAAUCAGAUUAGACAAUUAGCAUCUCACUCCAAAAUAGUCUAAUUUUACAGUUCCCCUAGGAUUAAACAGUUGAUUUUUACCGUUUUUAAAACACAUUUUAGUCAAUCUUUGGGUCUGGCAGGAGCACUUUCAGCUUAGCUUAGCAUAGAUCAUUGAAUCGGAUUAGACCAUUAGCAUCUUGUUCAAAAAAUGGUCUAAUUAUACAGUUCCUGUAGGGUUUAACAGUUGAAUUUUUAGCAUUUUUUAAUAUGUUCAGUUGAUCCUUUGGUCUGGUGGGAGCAUUUUUAGCUUAGCAUAGAUCAGUGUUUCCCAACCCUGUUCCUGAAGGCACACCAACAGUACACAUUUUCAACCUCUCUCUAAUCAAACACACCUGAAUCAACUUAUCAUAACAUCAGAAGAGACUCCAACACCUGAAGUUAAUGGGUCAGAAAAGGGAGACAUCUAAAAUAUGUACUGUUGGUGUGCCUCCAGGAACAGGGUUGAGAAACACUGGCAUAGAUCAUUGAAUCGGAUUACACCAUUAGCAUCUUGCUCAAAAGUAGUCUAAUUUUAAAGCCCCUAGGGUUAAACAGUUGAUUUUUACCAUUUUUAAAACAAAUUUUAGUCAAUCCUUGGGUCUGGCAGGAGCACUUUCAUCUUAGCUUAGCAUAGAUCAUUGAAUCGGAUUAGACCAUUAGCAUCUUGUUCAAAAAAUAGUCUAAUUAUACAGUUCCAGUAGGGUUUAACAGUUGAGUUUUCAGCAUUUUUUUAAUAUGUUCAGAUGAUCCUUUGGUCUGGUGGGAGCACUUUUAGCUUAGCAUAGAUCAUUGAAUCGGAUUAGACCAUUAGCAUCUCACUCAAUAAAAUAUGUAAUAAAUAACUCAUUCUGGCAUAAUAAUCAAGGAACUUUGCUGCCAUAUCAUGGCUGCAGCAGACGCAAUAGUAUUAUGUGGUUAUGUUUGACAAUAGUUAGUCGAUUUUCAGGAGCUGCGUAAUAUCACAAUCCUUGAUUAUUACGCCAGGAUGAGUAUAGUUCCUGUAUCACCCUUUAACAGCAACUUUUGAUUUUCUGUCCGUUUUAGUUCACAAUCUAACUACAGAAGAGUCUAGCUUUAAAUAAAAAAAAUUAUCUAAAUUCUUUAAUCAUUUUUGAGUAAACCGCUAAUGGUCUAAUCUGAUUCAAUGAUUUAUGCUAAGCUAAGAUAAAAGUGUUCCCAGGGAUUGGCUGAAUGAAUUUAAAAAUGAUUAAUCUCAAGUAUUUUACCCUAGUAGAACUGUAAGAUUAGAUUUUUGAUCGAGAUGCUAAUGGUCUAAUCCGAUUCAAUGAUUUAUGCUAAGCUAUGUUAAAACUCCUCCAGCUAAAACUGAAGAUAGUCUGAAUUUGGUAAAAAUCCACUUUUUAACCCUAUAGAAACUGUAUAAUUAGACUUUUUUUGAGUGAUAUGCUAAUGGUCUAAUCCGAUUCAAUGAUUUAUGCUAAGCUAAGCUAAAACUGCUACAGCCAGAUCCAAAGAUCAUCCGAACGUGUUAAAAAUUGAAAAAAAAAAAAAAAAAAAAAAAAAAAAUCAACUGUUUAACCCUAGGGGAACUGUAAGAUUAGACUAUUUUUGAGCGAGAUGCUAAUGGUCUAAUCCGAUUCAAUGAUUUAUGCUAAGCUAAGCUAAAAGUGUUCCCGCCAGACCCAUUGAUCAUCUUAAUGUAUUAAAAAAAGGUAAAACUUCUCGUUUAACUCUUGGUGAACUAAAAUUAGACUAUUUUUUCCAAGAAUGUGGUGUUCCUUUAAGAAAACAGAUCCAAAAGAAACAAGAUCCACAGCGUUGUCAUUUGAAUAAAGAUUUAUUUAUGAGCAUUGUUGAAGAAACAAUACAGAGAGAUGAUCGAACAGCGUUCUAGGAAAGGUCAUUGUUUUAUAAAAGAGGGACAGAUGUGUUUAUUGGUUUCUAUUGGCAGACGUCACUACGAUUCUCUGAUCGAAAUCAUCUACAAUACUGGAGGAUGGAAAUAAAGAUGUUAAAAAGAAAUCAAA